UGGGAUUUCUCUGUUCCAGAUAAUUCUGGGCUUAGAGACUGUUUGCUAGUGAGGAGACUCCGGCUUCAGUAGCCAGUUGGACAGCUGCAAAGUAACAUGGACAGCAGGAGACAGACCUUCCAGCAACCUCUCCGCUUCCCAGAGAUCCGGGAACUGCUCUCAGGCCAACUUCAGUUUUCCAGCUGGGGUCUCUGAGCACCCUGGACCGCGGGAGCCACAGAGCGCCUGGAAGCUACUCCUCUGAGAUGCACGUACCGCAGCAGUAAGAACUUCCUGCUUGAGUCCUGUAUCCCCUUCCUCUGGAACUCCCGGGAGUAGGGGUGGAAGACCCCGGGGGGAGGAGCGAGGGAGAUUCUCCUGCAGCUCUUUCUCCCCUCCCUCCUCCGCCCCACCUCUCCGGGCGUGCAGGCAGGCAUGGAUGUGCUCAGCCCUGGCCAGGGCAACAACACCACGUCCCAAGGACCCUUUGGGACAAGCGCCAACAUUACUGGAAUCUCUGACGUGACCUUCAGCUACCAAGUGAUCACCUCUCUGCUGCUAGGCACGCUUAUUUUCUGCGCGGUGCUGGGCAAUGCGUGCGUGGUGGCUGCCAUCGCCCUGGAGCGCUCCCUCCAGAAUGUGGCCAACUAUCUCAUCGGUUCCUUGGCAGUCACUGACCUCAUGGUGUCAGUGCUGGUGCUGCCCAUGGCAGCGCUAUACCAGGUGCUCAACAAGUGGACUCUGGGCCAGGUCACUUGCGACCUAUUUAUCGCUUUGGACGUGCUGUGCUGCACCUCGUCCAUCCUGCACCUGUGCGCCAUCGCUCUGGACAGGUACUGGGCCAUCACGGACCCCAUCGACUACGUGAACAAGAGGACACCCCGGCGCGCCGCCGCGCUCAUCUCGCUCACGUGGCUCAUUGGCUUCCUCAUCUCCAUCCCGCCCAUGCUGGGCUGGCGCACCCCCGAAGACCGCUCGGACCCCGACGCGUGCACCAUCAGUAAGGACCACGGCUACACCAUCUACUCCACUUUCGGCGCUUUCUACAUCCCUCUGCUGCUCAUGCUGGUCCUCUACGGCCGUAUUUUCAGAGCUGCGCGCUUCCGCAUUCGCAAGACGGUCAAGAAGGUGGAGAAGAAGGGAAAUGACACUCGCCUUGGAACUUCGCCGGCCCCGCCAGCCAGGAAGAGCGCGAAUGGGCAGCCAGGUGACAGAGACUGGAGGCGGGGCGUGGAGAGCAAGGAGAAGGGGGCUCUGUGCGCCAACGGCGCGGUGAGGCUGGGCGACGAUGGAGCCACGCUGGAGGUGAUCGAGGUGCACCGCGUGGGCAGUUCCAAGGAGCACCUACCCUUACCCAGCGAGGGCAGCACGACCCCAGGGGUCUGCGCCGGCCUCCAGAGGAAAAAUGAGCGCAACGCCGAGGCGAAGCGCAAGAUGGCUCUGGCCCGCGAGCGGAAGACCGUGAAGACGCUGGGCAUCAUCAUGGGCACCUUCAUCCUCUGCUGGCUGCCCUUUUUCAUCGUGGCCCUCGUCCUGCCCUUCUGCGAGAGCAGCUGCCACAUGCCCACGCUGUUGGGUGCCAUAAUCAACUGGCUGGGCUACUCCAACUCCCUGCUAAACCCGGUCAUUUACGCCUACUUCAACAAAGACUUUCAAAGUGCGUUUAAGAAGAUCAUCAAGUGCAAGUUCUGCCGCCGAUGAUGACGAGGAA